CUGAGCCCGAGAGUGGCUGGAGAUUGGGGGAUUUGUAGGAAAAUGGGGAAACGGGACCCUUAAAGUGAUUUUGGGAGCGGCCAGAGAUGGGAGGGGAAAAGAUGUGGAAGGGGAAAUGGGGGAAGGAUGGCACAGAGGAAGCGGCAGCGCGGGCAGGAGGGUCCCAUGGCGGCCGUGGGGCACAGGGAGUGCGCAGUGGGGAUCCGGGUUGGCCCCCGGUGCUCUGGGGGUGCUGGGGGGGCACCCCGGAGCUGUGUCCUGCACUCACAGGGGUGUUCCAGAGGAUGAGAUUGAAGAGUGUCACUUGUUGAACGGCACGGAGAAGGUGAGGUUCGUGGAGAGGUUCAUCUACAACCGGGAGCAGUUCCUGAUAUUGGACAGCGACGUCGGGGUGUACGUGGGGUUCAUCGCCUAUGGGGAGAUGAAUGCCAAGCGCUCUAACAGGCACCCGGUUCACAUGGAGUACUACCGGGCUUUGGUGGACACGCAGUGCUGGCGAAACUACGAGCUUUAUGCCCCGUUCACAACGGUGGAGCGCCGAGGGGAGCGCGGGGCAGAGCGCGUCCCCUCGGGCCCUGCCCUGCCAAUGACCCUGGAGCUCCUGAAAUUCCCAGUAUCCCUCGAGUCUGGGAAUCGCCUCAGAGGCGGCAGCCCUCCUUGUGUCCAUCACUGGGACAUCCUCUCCCACCCAGUGACCCCCCCGUGGCUCCUCCAGCCCAUCCCAGUCCAUCCCGGUCACUCCCAGUGCUCCGCGGCGCGUCCAUCUCGGUCGAGCGUGGAGAUAACGCCUCUCAGCCAAUCACAGCUCGUCCCUCCGAUGACCCAUCUGUUGCUAGGAUGA